AUGUUUAUUUAUGCUGCUUCGCUACCGAAAAAUUUGUGUUUUCAAGGAGAUUUUCUGUCAGAAUGCGAGAAAAGCUUUACUACACCUGAAAUAAGAAAACGUUGUAAACAGAAAAACGAAAAUAUUUUAUUAUCAUUACUUUAUUUUAUGUUAUACGAGGUAACAUCUGUUGAUGUUCCCAAUCAUUAA